AUGGGAAGUGAUUCAUCAAGUCUGCGGCCUCCAUCUCGAAACAGAGGACAUCCCGUUCUACCGCCAACUUAUCCCGGACGACAGCGUCCUUCAUCAGGAUGCGAUCAGACCGUGGUGGAUAGAAACAAAUCCAGCUCCCGCUUCGACCACCUCCCGUGGUACGCCUACACAGCCGAUAUCCGCCAGUACCUUGCGGACCUGAACAAGGACAAGAAGGUCCCCGAGUACACCUUUUUCCAACCCGGCCUGUUCACAAACUACUUCACCCGCCCUUACAAGUCCUCCGAGCACAUCUAUCAACUCGAAACCCUGUCGACUUUGAAACUAAACAGCCGCGACGACACCCCUAUAACCCUAACAGCAGCGCAAGAUCUCGCUGCCGUUGUUGCAAAGGCAAUCGAGUAUGAAGGCGAAUGGCCAGUCACUAGUGGAAUCCGAAGCACGAGAUUGUCCAUUGGAGAGCUUAUUGAGCUUGGUGGUAAGUUUCUUGGGGGAAUGCCGUUCACGAUUGACCAGGUCAAGGCGGAGGACUUUGAGAGCGGAGAGUGGCAGACGAGCUGGUUGCCGGAGGUGGAUCGUCCUUCUAUCCGCAAGGAAUAG